AUGUCGUCAAAAUCAAUCAAAGUGAUCUCUCUCAGCAAGAAUGUUGGUCGUCUCAGUCAGCUGUACAAACGGGUGAAGAUGGAGAACGUGAAGGUUCUCCUUGCCCGAGAAGUCGGAACUGUUAAGGCCCGAAAAAUACACUCCGCACUGGGAGACCCGGCCUGCUGGAUCCACGAACUCCUUAUAGAGACUCUAGUGGAUGACUUUGUGGUGGAAAUCAGAAAUAAAGAAGCAGGCACGCUGCAAGUUGCUUUCCAGGCCCUGGACUCACAGGUUUGGGAUCUACAACAUCACGAGCAUGACACUUUCAUUUGGCUUCUUUCCUGGGACAAAAUCGUGAAACGAGCCCGAUUUCCGUACGCGGGGAAAGGAGUGUGCACUUUGAUCUUCCAGACUGGUUCAGAUGUAAGAAUAGACGGGCUCCUGUGGCCCCAUGACCCGAAUCUUCCGGCUCAAGAGCAACUUUUCCGUAAGUUUGGGAGUGUUAAAGUAGCCAAGCAUGAAGUGCAAGAAUCUGCCGUCCCCCAGACUUCCCAUCGUCUUCUAGAUAUGCCGAAUUUGUACAAGGACCUCAGGCUUGCUAUCGAGAAUGGCGACACUGAAACAACUACUAAGUUGCUGGAUAACGGUCUUGGUAUAGAGGAUCAUCAUUUUCGCACUGCAACAGUGAACAAGUACAUCGACAUUGUAGAGCAGUUCUUGUCUCGUGGCUGGGGCAUUCACACCGAUAUGAGCAACACAGCACCAUCAGCGCUAGGUAUACCUUUGAAGAUGUGGGACUUCCCAAGUGGUUUCUCAGCCACGGCGCGGACCCAAACAAAAGGUGCCGUGUUCGGAACUGCACGCCAUUAUCCUACGCGGUCCGGGAUGGUUCUUUUAAUGCCAUCAAGCUUCUUUUUGAAAAUGGAGGUCAAGUCCAAGAUGGGCAGCUUUUGCAUUACGCCGCGAUGCGAACCCAAAAUGACAACCACGAAACAGUUAAUUUACAAUCAAGAUCCCGACUAUAACAAGCUAUGUGUAAACAAACUGCUUGACGAGGGAACCCUAGAAUAUUCUAUGAGCGAAAGCAGUGGGCUUGGCACUCCAUUACACUACGCCGCUCGGUCUGGUUCAGCAAAAAUGGUGACAUUCCUGGUAGAGCAGGGCGGAGCUCCUGAUCUUCAAGAUCCUUACCGUCGGACACCAAUCAGUUAUGCGAUUCGUAACGGGCAUCAUGACAUUGAACAAUUCUUGAAGAAACUUAACUUCUCCUACUUAACUUCUCCUAGCAUGGAUUCCGACGAAAUUUUAGGCCAGGAUCUCCUGAAGCCAGAGAACGAAGAAGAUCUAGACGAAAAAUACCCCAACAGACCUCACAACCGGGCCCCGACACUGCCGUUCCACGAUCUGUACCUCAACCUAUUUAAUCCACUGAGUGAGCUCAAGAAGAAGCCGUCAGGGCCUGCUCCAGCUCGCCGAAAGGUUGGUCCUCAUGGCAAAGGUGCUACGAGUCUCAACCCGUUCGAGCGCCGGCGCGAUGUAAUUGAGCGCUUCAUUUCGCGAUGGCGCAAGGAUGUCGGCGACGAUAUUUACCCCGCCCUUCGAUUGAUUCUUCCCGACAAAGACCGUGAUCGACCAAUGUACGGGGUCAAGGAGAAGGCUAUCGGCAAGAUGCUCGUCAAGACCAUGAAGAUCAACAAAGAAUCAGAAGAUGGAUACAAUCUUCUAAAUUGGAAGCUUCCAGGCCAGGGUGCUACGACACGCAUGGCGGGUGAUUUUGCUGGAAGAUGCUUUGAUGUUCUCUCGAAGCGGCCUAUGCGGACCGAGCCGGGCGACAUGACAAUCGACGAGGUCAAUGAGAAGCUAGAUAAGCUAUCUGCUGCCUCAAAGGAGGAUGAACAAUUGCCAAUCUUAACGGAGUUCUAUCGGCGGAUGAACCCCGAAGAGCUUCUCUGGCUCAUCCGAAUUAUACUUCGGCAGAUGAAGGUUGGUGCUACCGAGCGAACACUCUUUGAUGUUUGGCAUCCAGAUGCCCAGAAUCUGUACAGCAUAUCUAGCAGUCUGCGACGUGUUUGCUGGGAACUGCAUGAUCCCAAUAUCCGGCUUGAGGGAGAGGAGCGCGGUAUUGCGUUGAUGCAAUGCUUCCAGCCUCAGCUGGCCCAAUUUCAGAUGCAUUCAUUUGAGAAAAUAAUUGCUCGUAUGAAACCCGCAGAAGAUGAUAACGUGUUUUGGAUUGAGGAGAAAAUGGACGGUGAGCGUAUGCAACUCCAUAUGGCGCCUGACGAUUCAACCAAAGGUGGUCGGAAAUUUGGCUUCUGGUCGCGCAAAGCGAAAGAAUAUACCUAUCUUUAUGGGAAUGGAAUUUAUGAUGAGAACGGCGCUCUGACAAGGCAUCUGAAAGAUGCUUUCGUGGAUGGAGUACAGAGCAUUAUUCUCGACGGUGAAAUGAUCACCUGGGAUCCUGAACAGGAUGCCAUGGUUCCCUUCGGCACGCUCAAAACCGCGGCACUGGCGGAACAACGAAAUCCUUUCUCAAAUGGUCCACGACCCUUGUUCCGUAUUUUUGAUAUCUUACAUCUUAAUGGGCGUGAUCUAACGAAGUAUACCCUUCGUGAUCGUCGUAAUGCCCUGGAGAAAACUGUCCGACCUGUCCAUCGCCGGUUUGAAAUUCAUCCUUACGAGGAAGCCACUACCACCACAGAAGUCGAAGCAGCUCUGCGGAAGGUCGUUGCUGAGGCGUCAGAAGGUCUCGUGUUGAAGAACCCGCGCUCUCCAUAUCGACUAAACGAACGCCAUGACGACUGGAUGAAAGUCAAACCAGACUAUAUGACCGAAUUUGGAGAAUCCCUUGACGUUGUUGUAAUUGGCGGAUACUAUGGCUCGGGUCAUCGAGGAGGGGCGCUGUCCAGUUUUCUCUGCGGACUACGAGUCGAUGACAGCACACAAGCAGCGGAAAAAUGCUGGUCCUUUUGUAAAGUCGGUGGCGGUUUCACUGCAGCUGACUACCAGGAGGUCCGCCAUCAUACAGAGGGCAAGUGGAAGGCGUGGGAUGCGAAGAAGCCUCCGACUACCUUUAUCGAACUGGCGGGUGGGGACGCCCAACAUGAGCGUCCAGAUAUGUGGAUCAAACCAUCCGAUUCAAUUGUGUUGUGUGUGAAAGCUGCCUCUGUCGCGAUCAGUGACCAAUUCCGCAUGGGAUUGACACUGCGCUUUCCUCGCUUUAAGAAAUUGCGCAAGGACAAGGAUUGGAAAAGCGCGCUCUCAGUUCAGGAGUUCCUUGACCUAAAGUCCAAUGCAGAGCAAGAACACCGGGAGAAAGAUUUCUCUGUUGAUAACUCUCGAAAGAAGCGAGUAAAGAGGACCACUAAGAAACCACUGACGGUUGCUGGGUACGACAAUAAUGUCGAUGUCCAGUACCUUGGACCUUCUGGGCAUGUUUUCGAUGAGCUUAACUUCUUCAUAAUGACCGAGUCGACCAUCCCAGAAAAGAAAACAAAACUUCAACUGGAACAACUCGUGAAGGCUAAUGGUGGCAAGAUCUACCAAACCAGGACAGCUGCGGUAGAGACACUCUGUGUUGCCGAGCGGAGAACGGUCAAAGUGGCCUCAUUACAAAAGAGUGGAGAGCAAAACAUCAUUCGACCAUCUUGGCUUAUCGACUGCAUCAAACAGAAUGAAAUAGAUGCAGGCCUGCCAGAUCUUCUUCUCCCGUUCGAGCCAAGACACAUGUUUUUCAUGACAGAGGACAAUGAGGAAGAAGUCGCAGCAAAUGUCGACAAAUUCAUGGACAGCUAUGCUCGAGAUACAACUGUCGAAGAGCUCAAGGAUAUAUUUAAGCAAAUGGAAAAAAACGAAGAGCAGCCCGACCAUGUCCCGGAUCCAGAAACCAUUCAGAGAGUCGAGGCUCGGAUCCAGGAAAAAGUUAACGCUGGUUACACAGUACCCUGUGGAUGGCUCUUCCGAGGCUUGAAGUUUUAUUUCUACUCGAACGGGAGUCAGCCGGACGAACCAGCCUCCCGAGAACUGAGAAAGGAGGACCAACGCCUCCACUUCGCCUGCAACACCGCCCGGUUUGCAGGCGCGGAGAGUGCCAGCUCAUUGAAGAGCUCGGGCACCACACAUGUGAUAGUUGAUCCGGAGACUGUGUCUUCGGCGGACAUAUCAUCUCUCCGGAAGUCUCUGGCCGAGAAGCCGGGCGCGAAAAUGCCGCAUCUUGUUAGCGUGAGCUGGGUGGAAGAAUGCUGGAAAAAUGGCACUUUGCUAGAUGAAGAGAGGUUCCCGGUUCCGCGAUGA